AGUUGGAUCUCCAGUCGAGGGACAAACCUAGCCAUGGUCGGACUUCGCGCCUUCCUUCUCCUGGCCCUGGCCAGCCCUGUCUUCUGCGGGCUCACCCACGGUGGUGGCGUCGUUCACUCUUCUGGGCUGGCCGGAUACUCUGUCGCAGCUCCGGCUAGCGUCGUGGUUAGUGCUCCAGUCGCCCAUGUUGCUGCAGCUCCAGCAGUAGCCUUCUCCGCUGCUCCAGUUGCUACGGUAGCAGCUGCUCCUCUGGUUGCUGCCGCCCCAGUUGUGACUAGGGUCGCAACAUAUGAAGUCGCUCCAGCCGUUGCCGCCGUUGCGGCUGCCCCAGUCGCCACUGUGGCUGCUGCUCCAAUUCUCGCUGCCGCCCCCGUCGCCCGCACCGUCACCUACCAUACCGCUCCAGCCGUAGCCACCUACCAUGCUGCUCCAGCUCUCGCGACCUACGGCCACGCCGCUCCCGUGUACGGCUUCGGGGUCGGCAGUCUGGGCUAUGGUGUCGGCAACUACGGCUACGGUCACGGGCUUGGCACCUAUGGUCUUAACUACGGCUACGGACUCGGCACCUACGGCGACUAUGCCACCCUCCUCCGCAAGAAGAAAUAAAAUUGAUGGCAACGUAUGGCAGCGGAGGAAGUUUAGCCGAGUCCACGAAGUCUGCAAUAAACUCCAGUUAUCGUUAAAUAAACUUGAUACUUGAAGUUUCAUCCCAUA